AUGCCGUGCUCACCUGCCAUGCUAGCGUCCAUCGAAGAGUGGGACAAAUCAUUCGAGUUGAAUACUCGGAGCGUGUUUCUCUUUUACAAAUAUGCUGCGAUCCAGAUGAUCAGACAAGGACACGGAGGGAGUAUUAUCGGUUCUUCCGCAACGUCAGGGCUCCAGGCCUGGGUGCCAAAUCUCACCUCUUUCUGCGCUAACGCGUUUGCUAUCCGCGGGCUUACUCAAAGUACUGCACUCGAACUCGGACCUCACACCAUCACUGUGAACUCGUUUGCUCCAGGUAGACAGGCUAUCCUUCUGCUCUAG